AUGCGGAUAUUCUGGUCGGAACUGGUAAAAGCUUGGAAAGUGACGGCUUCUUCUGGACAGCCCGCAGCGACGGUGGCCACCGAUGCGAACCACGCGGCGGCGAGGCCUCCAGGAGCUGAGGAGACGGAAGCGAAGCGACAGCUGAGAUGCGGCGGACGGCGGCAGGGAGGAGGCGUCCGACACGUGGCGCCCAGCCUCCCAGCCUGGUCGUUGUUUGAUUUACCGACCCUCUUCAGCCGUCCGAUCACAUCAGUGCGGCUCAGAUCGAGUAUAACAACAGACAGGAGGUACAUUUUCACGAGGGUCCUUGCACUAUCUGUGAAGAGACCGGAGACACUUUUUCACGAGGCGAGCCGAGACGGUGGUCGGAGGGGGCGGAACUCCGGCGGGCGGCGAUCAUCGGCGCGCCGGCCAGAAACUUCCCCUUCCCCUUCCCCUUCCAAAACUGCGCGACGGAGAGUACUGUUCCUCCAUAGCGGCCAGCUUUCUCCUUCUCCCUCACUUACCAUGGCGUCGUCCUCCUCCUCCACCUCCUCUCCCCACCGGAAGCUGCUCCACUCCUUGGUUUACCGGGCGGUGCAGCGCUGCCGGAUGUCGGAGUCGCCGUGCCGGCUCACGGUGUCCCUCAAACGCCCCGCGGACCCCGCCGGCCCCUCGCCACUGCGUGUUUCCGUUUCGGACACUGGAGUUGGGAGCAGGCUGGAGGAGUUCCUGGAGCUCGACGUCCUGGCGCACGAGACUCCCGCGGAGAAAUGGGAUGGUACUCUCUUAAUCACAACUACUGGAAUCAAUGAUGAAGCUAUUUAUCGUUAUCGAUUUAAUCUUCGAAAAGAGAUAUCAAGUGCAAGAUUCACCAAGCUGGCUACCACAUACAAAAAUCAUGCAACAUUCAGUGGAACAGAAGUCUGCCUUUGCCUCUCAAAUGAAUCUGAUGUUGAUGAUUUCAUAUCAUGGUUGGUUGGCUUCAUCCGUAAGAUACUCGUGCUUAAAGCAGAUAAAUUAGCUUGUGAGCUCUUUAUUGAGCAAACAGGCAGUGCUGAAUCAAGAAAUGUCUGUCCACCACAAGAUUCUGUUGAUGUCCAUCUUUCUGUUACAACAUCGAGUAUUGACCAGCUAGUUUCUGGCCUUAAAGACUACGCACUCACACAUGGAAAUACUUGUGACAAAUGUGACACAUGCUCUCUGAAUAGAGAUCUUCUAAAGGUUGGAACUGGAGCAGUAAGCAAUGUAGACAGAAGAAAAGCUAAAGGGCUACAUAUUGAUGUAGUUAUAGUGAUUGCACACACUGCAUCUGAUUCGAGUUGUUGGAUGGUAAAUUGUCCGUCCACGCAGGUUUUGCAUUUUGAAGAAUUUGUACCUUGUCCCAUAUCACAAUCCUCCUUCGAUGUGUUGAUGAGCAUAGACUGGCAAAGCUACGGUUUCAAGUUAAAAGGAGGUUUCAUGGAUGAUGAAGGAAAUGCUAUUCUUGAGUGGGACAACAUGACAUUUGCUCGUGUUGAUAUUGCCAUUCACACUUACCCCACUGCAAUGCAAGAAUGGCAGGGAUCUCAACAAUAUAGACACCAUGUAAGGAAGGCACUUAAGUCUGCAUUGUCUCACUUGAAAGCAGAUCAUGCAGGAGACUUUCUCAGUUGCCAUGGUCAAAGGGUUCGCGAAUAUGUUCCUGACCUUUCAGAAUCAAUCGCUGGACUGAUCUUGUCGUCCAACGAUCAAGAGUUCCAAGACGAAUGCAUCGCGCUUCUCGGGCUAGGCUCAGAUCAAGACGUCUCGGAAGGGGCAGUUAAAUCCUCUAUCUGUGAGAAGAUGAUCCGUGUCAUAGAGAUGAAUGACACCAAGGAUAAUGUAGAGGACAAUGCACCUUAUCUGUUCGAGUGCGAGGAGUUGGAUGAAGAUAGCCAGAUGGACGAAGAUGGAGAUGAAGAUAUGGUUUUCGAUCUCUAGCAUUGUUUCACCAAUAUCGUAGUUGUAGUACUCCAGUACAUCCGAUCGCAGCAUUUGGACAGUUUAACCAGACCAACUUAUAAACGCUAACAACCGUUGCUACCUCAUGUGUACAAGAUUCAGAAAAUGUUAUUGCAAUAUGCGGAGCAUUUCUAUUCCUUCAAUGAAAUGUCCAUGUUUCUGAGCAAUAGAUUAAAAAAACUACAUUUUUCAAAUUUCGAAGAACAGCACUUCUUAUAACAAAUUUUCUCAGAACCGUAUUUUUGCUAGGUUGAACAACAUGAUCACACAUUAUCUACUCAGACAGAUGGAGAGUUAGGAUAUACAAUGCCGACCUAGGAAAUAAAUUUUAGUUUUAUGAAAUAGAGAAUAUAUGUCUAGUAACAGAUUUAACAUCCUCCUCUUUUUCUUCCCCUUUUAUAAAAAAAAAAUGAAGGGGGUUUGC